AUGGAUUCAAGAUAUUCAGAUUUAAUCCGAAAAACCAUUUCAAAGAUAUCACAAUGUAUAUUAUUAUCAAGAGUUGAAACUUCAUCAGUUUCAAGAAGGGUUAAUAAAACUUUUCAUUUAGAAACAGAGGAAUCAGACAUACAUAGACAGGAAAUUGAUAGAAUAGUACUCAAAAAUGAUAUGAGAAUUUUAUUUGUUAUAGAAAUUCAUUUUGAUGAAAAUGUUGGUUUAGGUUUAAAUACAAUUGUUGAAUCUUGGAGAAUAAUAUUUGAUCCAAGAGAGAUUGAUAAUUCAGUUGAGUUACCUAAAUUUUAUAAAAAUGUUAUUAUUUUAAUUAGAACAAUUUAUGCAAUGCUUAGAAAUAUACCUUGCUAUUCUCUAUUUAAAAAUUUUUCAAAAAAUAGAUCAGCAACUUGUUCAGUUAAUUACCAACUAAGAGUUUGUGAUUCACAAUCAAUUACAACUCCUUCAUUUCCAUUAUCUACGAGUAUAAAAACAGUAUCAUUUACAGCAAUUCCAACUCCUAUGGGUAUUUUAAAAAUUGACUUAUCCUAUAAAGAAAAUUUAACGAGAGAGAUUUCAGCUAGUUCUCAUAUAGGUUUAGAAUCACAAUUUAUAAUUAAAGAUUAUAAUAACUAUCAAUCUGGAAAUAACUAUGAUAAUAAUAAUAAUAAUAGCAACAACAGCAAUAGUAAUAAUGACUAUACGAAUAUUAUAAACAAUACAAAUAACAUUAAUAUCAACAAUAAUAAUAACAACAACAAUGACAAUAACAAUAAUAAUACCAAUGAUAAUAAUUUAUCAACAUCAUAUAACAGAGAUUAUCCAUCAUCAUACCCCCAACUUACGAGAAUGGGUACAUUACAAGAUUUAUUAAAUAACAAUAAUAAUAAUAAUAACUCAAAACCAACCUCUUCAUCACCUUACGACUCAAAUUCGAUGCCUUUUGAAACAAAUAAUAAUUUUAAUAACUACAAUAAUAGUAAUAGUAAUGCAAACUAUAAUUUUAAUAACAUCAAUAGUAAUAAUAAUAAUAAUAAUAAUAAUAAUAAUUUCAAUAACUUUAAUACAAACAAUAAUAGUUAUAACAAUAAUAAUAAUAUAAUCAAUAGUAAUAAUAAUAACUAUAAUUUCAAUGAAAAUAAUAAUAAUAACCCACAAAGCAACCCAAUAUUUAUACCAGGUAUGCAAAAUAAUAGACAAUAUCAACAGCAACAGCAACAGCAACAACAACAAUAUUCAUCAUCAUUUAAUAAACCACCAUCACUAUCAUCAUCCCCACCAUUUUCAUCAAACUCAAUAAAGAUUGGAAGUGGAAAUGCAAAUUAUAAUAAUCAAUAUGGUUCAUCACCACCAUUUGGUUCAACAACUACAACAACAACAACAAGUAAUAAUAUUAAUACAAGUGGUGGUAUUAACAUUAAUAAUCAUCCAUCAUCAAAUCCACUUCCAAUAAGACAGGUUAGUUUCACAAUUCCAAAUCAAACCACUGGUAUAUCACCAACAUCAUACAAUAAUCAACAAUCAAAAACUAGAGCAACCUCUGCUCCAAUUGCUAUUCAUCAACAAGCUCCACCAUUUCAAAACUUUCCAAAAUCAUCUUCAUCUGGCACAAAAAGUCCACCAUUUCAUGUUAGUAUAUCUCCAUUUAAAGAACCCUCAACUUUGGACUAUUACAGUGGUGGUGGUAGUACAGGUACAAGUGGCGGUUUAAUUGGUAGUACAGGUGCAAGUGGUGGUGGUUUGGUUGGUAAUAAUAGUAAUAACAAUUUAACCUUAUUAAAUAAUAGUAAUGGUAUUGGUGGUAGUGGUGGUGGUUUAGUUGGUAAUAAUAGUAGUGGUAAUUUAACAUUGUUAAACAGCAACAACAAUAGCAAUAAUAAUUUAAUUGGUAUAAGUGGUAAUAAUGCAUUAUUCAAUAAUCCACUCUAUCAAAGUUCUUCACCAGGUUCAACCAAUUCAUUUGGUGCAAGUGGUAUAGAUAGAUUAAACAAUUCCUCAAUGAAAAAUAGUAAAAUCAGCCAAAUUCAUGGUCCUUUACUAUUGAGUGAACAUCAUAUUAAUCAAUUUACAAAGGAUGGAUCAAGAAUAUCCUCACCACCCAUCAAUACACUUGACGACAAUGAUGAUGCUGUGUUUGUAUCAACAUUGAGAAAUUCAAAACAAACAACACAUGAAAGUGAAAUCGCUGAUUUCCUAAAACUCUGUAAAAUAGCUCCACCUUUAAAACUCUUUAAUAAUGAUAAUUUAUCUUUAAAUACCACAAACUCUCAACAUUCUCUUCAAAUUGGUAAUGAAAUUAUGCUUCUUAGUAAUAUAAACUUUAAUAAACCAACUUCUCAACAAUAUCAACAACCACCACAACAACAACAACAACAAUAUUAUCAAAAUUUUUAA